AUGGAUACAUAUAUGGGCACGCCUUCCAAGAGACGCUCCAUCUCAGACGCCACGGCCACGGCCGCAAGACUGCAGCCCUCACCGCUCCUGACGAGUCGGUUGGCGAGUGCGACAAAAGAUGACAGUCUGCUGGACACUUCACCACAGACGCCCAGGCGGCCUGACUUUUUAGCCAGAGGACUGUCGCUGCAGAUGGCACCUAAGACGACGGCGACAACAGCUACGACCUCGAUGGCUGCUCCCAGCACCAUCCAACGCGUACCGCUCUCUCCUCAACUCGACCCCCAGACGUCCUACGCCUCGCCGCAGACCUCUCUACCGCGGCACUCGCGUGGUCUAGACUUUUCCAGAGCUUGCACCAAUCUUCACCAUUCCACGCUCGCCGACAACCCUUCUCCCAGCUCGUCACCCAUCAUGACCCAAGCCGCCGUCCGGAAGCCCAGCGUCAACAGCAUGAUGCUCGACUCGCCUAAUCUCUGGCCCCAGGGUCCGACCGACCGCAGUGCUGUCAGCAGUAGUGUGGGUAGCAUCAGCAUGCUUGCCGACGAAGACAGCGACGACAGCACUAGCGACGAUGAUGUGAUGGACGAUAUGGACGACCAAAUCCUGACAACUCCCCAAGUUCGGAAAACUACCAACCCGCAAGCCACAACUCCUUUCGGGAAUCACAACACUGUCAUGUGGAGCAACAACUUUUCCCCCGCACAUGCCAGUCUAAUGAAGAACUUCCAGCGAAGUCGCCUGAAGAAAGGACGAAGCAGAAAGAGUUCGAGUAGUGCCAGCAACAACUCGGCCAUGCCCAGUCCGCGCACCGCUUCGCCGCCGCCUCUGCGCAGCAUCGAAGGCUCUGCUCACUUUGGCUGGCCACGUCUCCGUGAGACCAGGCCUGAGCACCCUUCUCUCUCAUCAGGUAACGACAGUGGAGAUGAAGCAGCUGCUUCCUCUUCGGUUCCGGGCGUUGUGCGCCGUGCCGUCACUCGUCGAGGUAACUUGCUGGUAAGUGACUGUGACUGUCCACACACGCCAUCACCUAACAAGCUAAUCCCUACCCAGCCAAAGACAAAGAACUUUGCGCGCAUCCGUGCUGCCCUGCUUGAAGAAUCCGCCCCCGUCGACAGCGAAGUCCGCCGCGAGGCAGAGACAAUGCGUCAAGUGCACAACCAUGAUCCGGUCCCCGAUCUUGAGGGCCCUUCUCCUGGCCCAUCUUCCUCACAGCCCAAUAUCAACCCUAACGAUCCCAACGACCCACAACCCGACACCACCAACAACAAUCCCAUCAGCUUCAACCUUCAUGCUCAUCGCAAUUCUGGCGGUGUUGACUACUGGCAUAAGCUAGAGAAUGAACUGCACACACCUCCUCCACCCGCCUUCCCCACGAGAGGCAGCUCAUCCCUUUCUGGUGACAUUGCUAUGGAUUCGCCAGCCGACAGCACCGCGUUGCGCUCAGCUUCUGUCAUCAGCAUGAAUGAACCAUCCGCCGCUUCGGAGACAGAUACCCAAAACUCUACCUACACAAGCCAAGACGCCCUUCGCAGGCCUUUUGGCAAACGUCGCCGGGAUGAUGACUUCGACAUGCAGAGUUUCAAGCGUAGAGCUGUCAGUCCUAGCAUGAGUGUGCAUGGUGGCAGCCCAAUCGUUGCAUCACCGGUUGCUUCUGCUGCAGCACGCAAUCAGGCUCUGCCCAAGGAUGGCGCUCCGCUUGAAAAGAGUACUAGCGGUGGAAACAGCAGUAGUACUGCUCCUCGAAGGAUAGGUCUGCAGGGUAUGGUCGACACAAACGAAGGUAUCAUGCGGAUGAGCAUUGAGUAG